AUGGCUGCGAUGUAUGAAGCUGAAGCGAAGAAAGGUGAAAUUUAUGAACUGAAAGCAGAAUUAAAUAGUGAUAAACGGGAUCGGAAGAAAGAAGCAGUUAAAAAGGUUAUUGCAAGCAUGACAGUCGGGAAAGACGUUAGUCAAUUGUUUCCUGACGUUGUCAACUGUAUGCAAACGGACAAUCUUGAAUUGAAAAAACUUGUUUAUCUAUAUUUAAUGAACUAUGCUAAAACGCAACCAGAAAUGGCUAUUCUUGCUGUUAAUACAUUCGCAAAAGAUUGUAAUGAUCCAAAUCCAUUGAUCCGUGCUCUAGCUGUACGUACCAUGGGUUGUAUACGUGUUGAGAAAAUCACUGAACAUUUGUGUGAACCAUUACGUAAAUGUUUGAAAGAUGAAGAUCCGUAUGUGCGAAAAACAGCGGCCGUUUGUGUCGCGAAGUUAUAUGAUAUUAAUCAACAAUUGGUCGAUGAUCAAGGCUUUCUGGAUAUGUUGAGAGACUUGAUCUCUGAUUCGAAUCCAAUGGUCGUUGCAAAUGCUGUUGCUGCACUGAGCGAAAUUGCAGAGCAAUCACCACAAACAAAAGUUUUUGAUUUAAAUGGUCCAACUAUCAACAAACUACUUACUGCACUGAAUGAAUGCACUGAAUGGGGACAAGUUUUUAUUCUUGAUGCUAUUUCGAAUUAUGCUCCAAAGGAUGAUAAAGAAGCACAAAGUAUUUGCGAACGUAUAACCCCACGUCUAGCUCAUGCCAACGCUGCUGUUGUUUUAUCUGCUGUCAAAGUUCUGAUGAAAUUUCUGGAAUUAAUCGAUCAACAUAGUGAAUUCGUACAGAAUCUACAUCGUAAAUUGGCACCGCCAUUAGUUACACUCUUAUCAGCUGAACCCGAAAUUCAAUACGUGGCUUUGCGUAACAUCAAUUUAAUUGUACAAAAACGGCCGGAUAUAUUGAAGAACGAAAUGAAAGUCUUUUUCGUUAAAUACAAUGAUCCAAUUUACGUUAAACUCGAAAAACUCGAUAUCAUGAUACGAUUGACAAAUGCAACAAACAUCGCUCAGGUUUUAGCUGAAUUGAAAGAAUAUGCAACGGAAGUCGACGUUGAUUUUGUGCGUAAAUCAGUUCGUGCCAUUGGUCGUUGUGCUAUCAAGGUAGAACAAUCUGCAGAACGAUGUGUUAGUACAUUGAUUGAUUUAAUUCAAACAAAAGUCAAUUAUGUUGUACAAGAAGCAAUUGUUGUCAUUAAAGACAUCUUUCGAAAGUAUCCAAAUAAGUAUGAAAGUAUAAUUGCGACGCUAUGUGAAAAUCUCGAUUCACUGGAUGAACCCGAAGCUCGUGCAUCCAUGAUAUGGAUUAUUGGCGAAUAUGCCGAACGUAUUGACAAUGCUGACGAGCUACUCGAAGGUUUUCUCGAUGGUUUCAAAGACGAAAAUAGUCAAGUACAAUUACAAUUAUUAACAGCAAUUGUGAAAUUGUUCUUGAAAAAGCCAACCGAAACACCACAGGAACUGGUGACACGUGUUUUAACACUCGUCACACAAGAAACUGAUAAUCCCGAUUUGCGUGAUCGUGGUUAUAUCUACUGGCGGCUUCUAUCAACUGAUCCAAAGGCAGCUAAAGAAGUUGUUCUCGCAGAAAAACCACUCAUCUCCGAAGAAACUGAUUUACUCGAACCAACGCUACUCAAUGAACUUAUCUGCCAUAUUGGAACAUUAGCAUCCGUUUAUCAUAAACCACCAAAUGCGUUUGUCGAAGGUCGACAUGCACUGAAAAAGAAUUUGCCGCUCCGGUCUGGUGGUGAUGCUGGCGAGGACGACGAAGCAGCUGGUGAAGAUAUCUUGGGAGGAAAUCAACAACAACAACAACAACAACAACCUGUUGUUAUCGGUGCCAAUGUCGGCUCACUAAUUGAUGAUUUCGACAUACUAGGACCCAUGCCAACAACGACAACCGCACCGUCAGCUACCACUGUUGGAAUAACACCAGCACGAACUCCAUCAGCUGUGCCGAAUCUACUCGAUGAUGAACUUUCAUCAAUUCUCGGGCCGGACAUGAAUAUUGGCGGUGCUCACACACCGCAAACUCAGGUGCCGACAAUGCCUGCAACGACAACAUCACUUCCAAUGACUCAACCAACGAAAAGCGGAAAUCUACUUGAUGAUUUAUUCGGUGAUUUGAAUUUAGGUGGAGGUAGUAUCGGCGGUGGUGCAGGGUUUGCCCAUUCAGCGACCAACACUUUUGCUCUACCAAAAGAAGCUUGGUUAAGCGCACAGAAAGGUAAAGGUUUAGAAAUCUCCGGUACAUUCGCUCGUCGAAACAAUCAAAUCGUCAUGGAAAUGGAUUUUAGUAACAAGUCAUUACAGCCAAUGAGUGAUUUCGCUUUGCAACUAAAUCGUAAUAGUUUUGGUUUAAUACCUGCCCAACCAUUACAAGUGACAGGUCCGUUAUUCCCAAAUCAAACUGUCUCGGCACAACUAGUCUUAACUACGAAUGGACCUACUUUAAAAAUGGAUCCAUUGACGAAUCUACAAGUGGCAGUUAAAAACAAUGUCGAAGUGUUUUAUUUCGCAUGCGUCGUGCCAAUUCACGUGUAUUUUAUUUUGGAUACUGAAAUGGACAAAAUGGCAUUCGUUCAAGCCUGGCAAGAUAUUCCGGAGAGUAAUGAGAUUAAACAACAAUUACAGAAUGUCAACGGUUUAUCGAUUGAUGAUUUGCAAAACAAAUUACGCUUGAAUAAUAUUCAUACAGUUACACGAACGAUUAUUGAACAGAAAGAAAUGCUUUAUCAAACAAUUAAAUUAACGAAUGGAAUCAGUGUCUUAGUUGAAUUGAAAAUAACACCGGGAAAUCGAACAAUAGCGUUUUCAUUAAAAACCAAGAUUCCAGACGUGGCCAAUUUAGUCGUUCAAGCUUAUGAACUCAUUCUUAGUAGUAACUAG